AUGGAGCAGCGCUAUAAAACAGACGGCAGCUCCGACUCCCUUCAGCAUCUCUCCUCCUCCAAUCUUCCGCUGGAGAAGAAACGCCACUCCAACAAGAUGAAGAUUCUCACGCUCGCUCUGGCAGUCGGUCUGGCUUGUGCCAGUCAACACCUGGACCCUGUCAAGAUCAACGGUGACUGGCGCAGCAUUUACAUAGCGGCUGAUAAGGCAGAGAAGAUCGAAGAGGGGGGUGAACUGAGAGCCUAUUUCCGCCACAUAGAAUGUCAAGACGAAUGCAGAAAUCUCUCUAUCAGGUUUUUUGUCAAGUUGGACAGAGUGUGCCAAGAGUUCACUGUAGUGGGAGUAAAGGAUGAAAAAAGUGGUGUUUACAUCACCGACUAUGCUGGUAAAAACUAUUUCACAGUUGUUGAAAGCACAGAAUAUAUCACACAAUUUAGUGACAUGAACGUAGAUGAAAAAGGCACAAAAACGAAUGCGGUUUUAAUUGCUGCAAAAAGGGACAGCCUGACGGAGGAAGAAAAGCAGAAGUUUGUCCAGUUGGCUGAGGAGAAGGGAAUUCCGACUGAAAACAUCAGAAAUGUCAUCGCAACAGAUGAUAACGUGACAGGAGUAUUUGCAAUCUUCUCAAAGACAACUGAAUCAUUCAUGUGCUGA